AUGGUGUGCCGUAGACACAAGGCUCGUCCAGCAGAGCAACAGAUGGCACCAUUGCCAGCAAUUCGACUCAGCACGCCGCUGAGGGCCUUUGCCAGAGUUUCAGUGGACUACGGAGGCCCAUUUGAGACCGUCCAAGGUCGGGGCAAGCAGCGACGCAAGCGGUAUGUGUGUCUGUUUACUUGUCUACUCUCACGAGCUGUUCACCUCGAAAUGGCGUAUGCCUUAGAUGCUAAUUCGUUUCUGAACGCCUUCAGCCGUAUGGUCAAUCGUAGAGGACGGCCAUUUGAGGUCAUCUCGGACAAUGGCGGCAACUUUGUCAGUGCAGAUCGGCAGCUGAGAGAAGAUGUGUACAACGACAAGGUGAAGAAGACCAUGGCCAGUCAGCGAAUAAAGUGGACCUUCAACCCACCGCUAGCACCGCAUUUCGGCGGAGUUCAUGAGAUUAUGAUCAAGGCGGCCAAGAAGGCUCUUCGACGUAUCCUCGGAGAUGCUCAAGUGACCGAUGAAGAGCUUGUCACUGCACUAUCCGGGGCUGAAGCUCUUCUCAACUCGAGACCAUUGACAUAUCAGUCAGCCAAUCCCUCUGAUCCUGGCCCGCUGACUCCCAACCACUUCCUCCAUGGACGAUCUGAAGGACAGCUUGUUCCGGCCGCACAAAAUGACGAUGGGAGAUCAGUACAACGACGAUGGCGGCAUGUGCAGAUGCUAGUGGAGCACUUUUGGAGAAGAUGGCUGCGAGAAUGGGUCCCGACGCUCAACCAACGGAAGAAAUGGCUGAACGUGCGCCGAGAUCUGGCGGUAGGGGACGUUGUCCUGCUGAUUGACCCAGCAACACCUAGAGGUCAGUGGCGUCUCGCAAGGAUAAUCGAAGUUUACCCGGGUCCAGACGGGCAUGUGCGAGUUGUGAAGCUGCAGGCCGGUAAUCAGCAAUACAAACGGCCUAUCUCCCGUGUGUGCCCACUGGAAUGCUGA